AGCCUGCUGGUGUGUUGCCCUGGGCGGGGCCCCUGGGUUUAAAGAGCCGGAACCCACCUGGGCUGUCCAUAGCCCAGCAGGCUCCUCAGAACUCUGUGCACCUGGUUCAGGACCCUGAAGCCCAGAGAAGCAACUUGCUGAGUCACAAAACUGUACUGCCUUACAAGUUGUGACAUGGAAAGAGUGACCUGGGCCUUUCUCUUGGUGCUGGCAGGCCUGCCUGUCUUGAGAGCCAACAUGCUGUUCGAUAAAGAUAGUCCCUUCUACUAUGACUGGGAAAGCCUGCAGCUGGGUGGGCUGAUCUUCGCAGGUCUCUUCUGUGUCGCUGGAUGUGCCAUGGCCCUGAGUGGCAAAUGCAAAUGCAAGUGCAAUCAGACCCCCAGUCCCUUACCUGAAAAAACCACUCCACUCAUCACUCCAGGAGGGAACCAGCCUGUCAAGGUGAAAGGAAACAGCAUGGCACUCUGACUCGGAGAAACCUGGAUCACCACAAUCAACAAACCUUGAGAAGCUCUACUGUAUGAAAUCCUGUUAAAAUGAAACCCCACCCUUGCUUGGUGCACUUGUCACUGACAUGAGAUGCAGCCUCCAUUUCCAACCAGAGCAUCUAGCAUGGGGGGACAGGUUGCUGGAUAUGGUAUUCCACAUGCAUCUUCAGGUUGUUCCUGCUGGGCUUCAUGGUAGUGGAGACCUGUUACAUCCAAUCCUGCUUUGGCUUCGUGCUUUAUUUUUAUAAAUGUCACUCGAAAUUUAAA